GGUCAUGACAGUAUUUACCAAAUCAAGAAGUGUUCAAGUAGCAUGGUAUAAAAUAUAAAGCUCUCAUAUGUAGAGGUCAGAAAUUCACGGUCACUAGUAAAGAGUACACAAUACAGAUCACUAUGUCUUCGAAUUUAGAUCUGAUUAAGAAGGUUGCAGAUGACCUCCUACAGUAUUUGGCGGAGAAUGCUGACGAAUCGCAACCCACAGUGAGAUUUACCAGCGAGACCGAGUUGGCGAAUGCGUUCAAGGAGGCGGGGGCGUCUCUCGACCUUGCCGACGAGGCCGUAGCUGUCGACCAUGAGAUACUACACAAAGCUGUGCGACUUGUUCAGCAUUACUCAGUCAGAACAGGCUCUACUAAUUUCAAUAACCAGUUGUACGGGACACCUGAUGUAGUUGGUGUGGCUGGUGAUUGGGUCUCUACAGCACUGAAUACCAACACACACACCUACGAGGUGUCGCCUGUCUUCACAACCAUGGAACGAUCUGUUCUGUCCAAGUUUGCACGAAAAAUAGGCGGCAGGUACGUCCAGGGUGCGAAUGGUGAGGGUGGGCAUGAUGGUCUGACUUUGCCAGGAGGUUCCGUGUGCAACCAGUAUGCUAUGCAUCUCGCACGAUUUAAAGCCGUGCCUGAGAUUAAGCAGAAAGGGAUGUCUGUACUUCUGGGUAAAAAGCUUGUAGCUUUCACGUCGGCCGACUCCCAUUAUUCAUAUCUCAAGGCGGUCAACAUGCUUGGCCUGGGGACAGACAACCUCGUGAAAGUUAAAUGCGACGGCCUGACAGGCGCAAUGAACGCGGCAGCACUCAAGGUAGCUGUGGAGGAGUGCCUUGCCGGGGGUGAUGUGCCAUUCUUCGUCGGUACCACAGCCGGGACAACGGUUCUAGGCGGCUUCGAUCCUUUCGAUGCCAUUGCCGAUAUCUGUGAGGAAUACAAGCUAUGGAUGCAUGUGGACGCCAGUUGGGGCGGAGGGGCGCUUUUCUCACGAGAUGCUAAAACUCUCGACUUGAUGAAAGGAGCGAAUCGCAGUGACAGUAUGGGCUGGAAUCCACACAAGAUUGUAGGCGCACCUUUGCAGUGCUCGCUGUUCCUAAUUUCUUAUGACGAGACGACACACGACUUCUUCAAGCGAGCGAACGGCGCCAGCGCCUCAUACCUCUUCCAGCCCGAUAAGAACCACUCCAAUCUAGACAUGGGCGACAAAACUUUGCAUUGUGGUCGCAAAGGGGACGCCUUAAAAAUGUGGCUCAUGUGGAAGGCGCUAGGCGAUGAGGGAUUAGGGAAAAGGGUAGAUCACUUAAUUGGUCUCAUCGGACACAUGUCUAAGGAAAUCGGUACCAUUGUGGAUGAUAAGGGUAGAUACUGCUUUGUACAAGUAGCCCCAACUCAAUACGCGAAUUUGUGCUUUUACGCCGUACCACCAUCACUGCGAGUUGAGCCCGGCAGCGAAGGAAAAAGAUUCGAUCCGUACAUAGCUACAAAGUCACAAAUGGAGUAUAUCAAAACAAUUGCCCCCAAAUUGAAAGAUCGAAUGCAGAAGAAGGGCCUCGCAUUGAUAGGUUUCCAGCCUAUUGGGGAUAGCUUACCCAACUGUUGGCGUAUGGUGACUGCCGGAGCUAAAGAAGUAAAUUUCACUACCGAAACCAUCGAUAGAAUAUUAAGCAGUUUAGUAGAACUUAAUGCUGACCUUUAAUAAGGCCAAAUUAAAUUGGUUGCUAGUCGUUGCCAAUAUGUCCAGUGACAGGCCAAUAUCGGCACAAGCUUCGGCACCCAAUUAUUGAGUUG